GAUUGUUGCUAUGGUAAUAAAGAUGACGGCAUGAGCAUCGUGGAUCCUCGAGUUUGUCUGUUGGUGGUGCUGGUGUCGUCGUCGUGGUAUGUGGGCGUUCGAGGAUUGCAGAAUGAUCAGAUCUGCAAGAGGAAGGAGUUGUCGCAGCAGGCUGGACGACCUCCGACCGGACUGACGGCCUCCUUCAACGUCACCGAGGCUGCAUCUCGUCUCCUCGAAGAUCUGACCACGAGAAACACUUCGGAAGCAACAGCAAAGCUUCUCCUCAGCAGAGAACAAGACGUUGCAGCCGUCAUAGCCGAAUUCACCGGGACCAGCAUCCUCGUUCUGAACGUGCGAGGCACCAUGAAAGUAUUCCACAACGCGACCAGAAAAACAGCCGUCCUUUGGGAUGCGUUCAAUCAAGACGAAGGUGAAGGUUGGGUCGACUUCGUCUUGGAUUGUUACACGACGCACAAGACCUGGCUGAGACCUUACAGGGUGAAAGGAUCUUCCGGAUCGAAGAUCGGGCUGUUCGUCACCGUCGACCUCGACAGAUGUGAUCCCGUGUACGAGGAAGUGUUCGAGGGUCCUCCGCAUUGCCAUCAGGAAUCCACCUACUGCGUCUCCGGUCGUGAAUGGGGCGAUAAGGGCUCGAGCUAUUGGUGUCGUUGUCAGGAGGGUUUCUACCGUCCCGAGGCCAAUUUUACAUGGAAAGGAUUUUCCGGCGAGGACAUCGAGAACGGUCUUAUCGACUCUUACCGAUGCGAGGUAUGCCCAGCUCACUGCGAUAUCUGCACGAAGGGUGGAAUCUGCUCCGCCAAGAGAGACAUCUACCUGAGGACCGUGAUCAUGGGGCUGCAAUUAUCCUGCAUGGCCGUGACCAUCAUAAUGGCGUUGGUCGUCUUCAAGCAGAGGAAAUGCAAAACGAUCGCUUCGGGGAUGUGGACUAUCUUGGAAACCAUCCUCUUGGGAAUCUUCCUGCUUUAUUCGACGGUUGUGGUGAGGUUCUUCGAGCCGUCCGUGGGUCAAUGCUUGCUGGAGCCUUGGGCGAGAGAGCUGGGCUUCGUCAUAUGCUACGGUGCGAUCAUCCUGAAGCUGUACAGACAUUUGAUCGAAUUCAGGACGCGGAAGGCUCAUCGUUGGGUCGUCAAGGAUACCGAUCUGUUGAAGUAUCUGCUGAUCAUGGUCGUAUCACUACUGGCCUACAUGGCUGCAUACACGACGACAGCAUUGGAUUUCAUGAGAGAAGACUUCAGUCUAUUGUACAAAGGCAGGACGGGUCAGGGACUCUACUUCGAGGCAUGCAAACCGAUGUGGUGGGAUUACGUGACCGAGCUGGGGGAGAUCACCGUCCUCGUCUUCGGCAUACAUCUGAGUUACGCGAGCCGAAACGCUCGCACUCAGUUCCAUGAACGAAGAUUUCUGUGCGCCGCGAUCUGCAUCGAGCUUGCAGUAAGCUCGAUCUUCUACCUAUCGAGAAUCUGGAUCUUACCUGGUCUCCAUCCGGACGCCGUCCUCAUAGCAACCUGCUUACGGACCCAGUGCACCGCAACGCUCACCCUCCUGCUCGUCUUCGUGCCAAAAUUUUGGUAUCAACAGAAACAGGUCAGAUCUUUGGCGCAGGAAUAUUCCUGCAGGUUUCCCGUCGAUGCUUUCAAGGAUGUUAACGCGCAUGGACCGUUGACCGGGAACAACAGCGACGUCGAAGUGGGGGAAGUCACCCUGGCCGACAUGAGUCCCGACGAUAUAAGGGCCGAGCUGAAGCGGCUCUACACGCAGUUGGAGAUCUUCAAGACCAAGACCAUCUGCAGGGACAACCCGCACAUCUCCAAACGCCGAGGUGGCAGGAAAGCUCAGCACAGAAGAUUCAGCUUGCAAAAGAAAGGAAGUCGUGAAAGGAAUCUCUACGGUAAACAUCGAGUUCAGAAGCCAGCGCCGGAGGAGACGACGGAAGCAGAGCCAUCGCGGACUCCUGAAGACUCGGUGUGCAGCGUGGAGGGAGCGAGCGGAGAUCCGCAGGUCGCCGAUUGCAGCGGCGCCAAGGCGUGAACCUUCCCGUCGUCGCUGAAUCCUCAGCUUUUCUGCUUGCCGCAUCUUUGGAGGUGUCCCGAGGGAGGAGGAGGCAACGUUCCGCUUCGGUAGAAGAAGAGUUAUCGUCGCUCUCGUCCUUGGGACAGCCGAGGAGCUGUGUCUGAGGUGCGUUCGCUGGUCCUGCUCAUCUAGUGGACGCCGAUCGAGGCUCCGGGGUUUCUGAGACCCCGGGGCCGACGAUGCCCCACGUCCAACUGCUGCGCAAGCCCUAAGGUGCAGGCGUCCUAAAGGGCUUCGACCGGAUGCCCACCGAUCACCUGUAAUAACACCAGAGGAGACCCGAGACCGACGGAGAGGGCGAUCGAUGGACGAGAAGUCACCAUGACGGACCAUCGUCGGUGGUCAGUCGUCAGAGACCCUUGCGUCCGGCCACACUUCCGGAUGGUCCACCGUGAAGCCCUCGGAGGGCAGCCGAGAAGUGUGGCCGAAGAUCUUAACACCAACAGCACGACCACCAUCACAACCAACGUCGAAGAUCAUGCGUUUGGUAUAUUCGUGAUGAUCAAUGGACCCCGGUUAAAUAACAGACCAGAAGGACAAAACCGCGUCUGGACGAGGGCCGCAGUUCGGGAGCGGCCCACUCCGACCCCGUUUCACAGAGACAGACCAACAGAGAUCUGCUAAACCCACAAAUUACACUUAGCUGAAAAUAGACGAAAUCAUUUCAAAAAAACCACCAAGAAAAAAAAGAAAAGGGACAAUGUACAUUUUAAAUUUUUCUCAUGCUGCACCCUUGCAUGCUCGAUGUUGAUCACCAACAGCACCAUCGAAAUGGUAAAGUCGGAUCGAUGAUGAUUAUGUGAAUUGGGGCAAGACGAUGGUUGCGACACAUUCGUCACAACAGUUCUUCUUUGGAUAUCGUCGUCAGGCGAAUUUGACUCGCAACCAGGCACGAACGCAUCCCGGUGUGCUCGUGCUUCGCGUUUGGAACCUUUCCCACUUCGAUUCCCUCGACUUUCCACAGGACGCCGGGGAGCAACGCGCGCCGAAAUCGUAUCUUACCAACACGAUUCCCGCACGCGUUGCCCCCUCGACCCCACGGAUCCCGUUCAAUGAAAUCCGCCCAUCGUCUGCUACGAUGGUGAUGGACCUCUCAGCGAGCGAAUCUGAAAGCGUCCCAAUAGCGAACAGGGUCAAGCUUGGAUCGGAUCUAGUAUACUACUACUAACCAUUACUACUACUCCUAGACGCGAUCCGACCUGGACCCAGACGCCGUUUCUGUAAAACAAAAAGGGGGAACCGUGCGCACGUUCCGAAGAUUCCUUAGAUCUUUCAGGUGGAAGUUUCAGAUUCCCUUCCCCAUGUUCGGGUUGCAGCUGGCCUCUUCCUUUGAUUACGAACGAUCGCGCCUUCUACUACCAACGCCUAAGUUGAAACCCUUUUCAGUUCGAAAGCCUGGGUUAAUGAAAAC